AUGACCGGGGAAAUUAUUACUAUUCAAAUUGGGCAAUGUGGUAACCAUGUUGGUAAACAAUUUUGGUCUCAAUUGGCUGACGAACAUAAUAUUGGUGUGGAUGGAAGGGCUAAAACUGAUGAUGACUUGACCUCUUUUCGAGAUGAUGAUACUAAUCCAUUUUUCAAACAAUAUGAACAGAACAGAUACAUUCCAAGAGCUUUGUUAAUAGAUCUAGAGCCUAGUGUUAUUAAUGAUACGAUAGCUCAUCUUCCAGGGUUCUUCGAUACAAAGAAUUCCUGGGUAUCUAGCGAAAGAUAUGGUGCUGGGAACUCAUGGGCUAAUGGCUAUGCUGAGGGGGACAAGAACCAAGAGACUUUUCUAAAUAUGGUUGACAAGGAGCUAGACUCCACAGAAAAUCUGGAGGGGUUUCAAAUGUUACAUUCUGUCGCUGGUGGUACUGGUUCCGGGUUGGGUUCCAAUUUACUCGAAGCGUUAGCAGACAGAUACCCUAAAAAGUUUCUAACCACAUAUUCUGUAUUCCCUAGUGAUGAAUCCGAAGUUGUUGUACAACCUUAUAACACUAUACUGACUCUAAGAAGACUUGCUGAAGAUAGCGAUGCCUCAAUAGUCUUCGACAAUAAUGCACUGGGAAAUUUGACGUCUAGAGUCUUGAAAACAAGAAAUAUAGAUUAUAAUCAAACAAACCAGCUAAUAACUGCGGUACUAUCUUCAAUCACCAAUUCAAUUCGUUUUCCUAACUAUAUGUACACAUCGUUGCAAAGUAUCUUUUCAACGGUGGUACCCACCCCAGAAUUACAUUUCCUGACACCUGCUUUCACACCAUUUACUUCUGAUUAUAUCAAAGAUGCAAGGGAUAUAAAACAAAACACCGCCUAUGAUGUUUUAUUAGAUUUGGUAGACGAUUCCAACUCAUUGGUAUCGCAAACUUCAACAAAAGCCAUCUAUUUUAAUGUCUACAAUACAGUGAUAGGUAGCAACGACACAAUAAAUUCAAGCGAUAUAACGCGUGCUAUUUCCAAGCUUCAAAGACGUAUACAGUUUGCACCUUGGUCAUCAACCGUAAUUCAUGUAAAUGUCGGAAGAAGAUCACCAUAUCUUGCACAUAAUGUCGAUAGGAAACAUGUAAAUGGUAUGGCUUUAACGAAUAGUUCUGGAAUAAUACCGCUUUUCCAAAAAUCAUGCAAUCAAUUCGAUAAAAUUUUCUCCAAGAAGGCAUUUUUGAACACAUUCCAACAAAAGGAUUUGUUCAAAGAAUAUGAUGAAUUCAUUGAUUCGAGGGAAGUUGUUAGAAAUGUAAUAGAUAAUUAUUCUGCUGCUGAAGAAAAAAACUAUCUCGAUGACAUAUUACUAGAAGAUGAUAAUGUGGUCGGCGAUUUCAACCAAGACGUUGAGGUGGAUGCUGAUGGUGAUAAUUACAUGUAA